CCAAAACACAGCGCACUCUGGAGCAGAGAGUGAGAAAGAGAGAGAGAGAAAGAGUGUGAGUGAGUGAGUGCGUGCGUGUGUAUAUCUCACGGUUUGUAACCGAGCAGGAAAAAGGAAACCGGUGACUAUGAAAGCGAUCAGUCCUGUGCUGCCAGUGCGAAGGACUCACGUCCACUCUCACGUGCAGGAUCUCGGGAUCUGGAGAAGUAAGAGCGCGUGGGACGAGCCACUCGGUGUGCUGUGCGACAUGAACGACUGCUACAGCCGCCUGAAGGAGCUGGUGCCCAGCCUGCCGCAGGACCGGAGCGUCAGUAAGAUGGAGAUCCUGCAGCAUGUCAUCGAUUACAUCCUGGACCUUCAGAUCGCUCUGGACUCCAGCACAGCUAACCCAAGUCCACAUCAAGCAGCUGUUUCCUCCAGUACUGAUCCCGAGAUCAGCUCUUUUCAGAUAAGUCACUUUGCGACAGAAACUCUCACAGAAGACCAGAUAACAAUCUGAAGCGGUGUUACUCUGGAGCAAAAACAGGACCGUCUUUUUUGUUGUUGUUAUCCUUCCGUGUACUUUCGCCUGGACUUCGUCUUGACUGACACGGAUUUCCCUCAAACGGAGAUAAACCAUUCUGUAUGUCUGAUUUAUAUUUAUCUGCAGGCCAUACACGGCCUUUCUUCCAAAGGAAGAUCUCAUUACAGGACCAAGAGAACCAGUUGUUUAAAAAAAAAAGAAAGGAAAAUGAACAGACAGGAGGAAACGCCUCUUGUGAAGGUGUCAAACUGCAGGCUCGGUGUGAUCAGAGAGCUCAGAUGAUCAGCAGUGCUGAGGGACUAACAGAUCAGAUCAUAUUUGGCGGUUACACUUAUUAUAACACGUUAACUUCGUUUCAGUUUUUAAACUGUUCUUUUAGCACAAUUUGCGCAGCACCAUUCUCUCUAGACUUUUAGUGAUUUUCUUUUCUUUUCUUCUAAAGCCAUUCCUGAGUCAAUAGAGGGCGCUGCAGUUGACCUACUGCUCUACUCCAUUUAGCCUUAGGCCUACUUUAUUUAAAACGUUUUUUUCUAUAUAUAAUAUAUAAACCACAAUAUUAUGAUUUUUAGAAUCAAGCUGAAAGGUUUUAUAUGUUUUAUCAUGAAAUUAAAACAAUAUUCUAUUAAUGUAGUCUUUCAAUACCAUUACCAUUAUUGUACAUUUAGCCAUUUACGCCCUUCCGGGUGAGGGUCAGUUCGAUUAAUCACAAAUAAUAAAGAACGUGUUACCUGCUACAGGAAUAAAUAUUAGAACGUUUAAAAUCCUCCCCAGCACUAAUGAUCAAUCCCUAAAUGGGCAUGAGAUGAACUGUUUCCGUGUGUGUGUGUGAAUGAAUGUUAAAACAGGGUGAACAGUAAAGGUUCACAGCGUGCCAUUCCUGUAAAGCGCAUCAAUGUUUUUCUUUAAUUCUGCUGGAAUGUGAUGUUAGUAAUGCCAAAUGAUUUUCUAUAAAUAAUGUAAAUUGCACUUUUAUAUGAAAUAAAUUAAUUAUGAU